AAAGUCAUGCUUUCGUUUUUGGGGUACAUUAUUAUUUUAAAUACCAUUUUUACUUACGUCCCCUAGUAGAAAGAAGUAUACUUAAAAUACAACAUUGGAACCCCUGGUGGCAAAUGGCGGAACUACGCAAAACUGUCAGAUUGGGAUCAGCUGCUGUCAUGAGAAAACAACAAUCGUUGUCCAGCCAAAAAGGUAUAAAAGGAGACGCAUUUCACACAAUCGAGAUCAGUCUUCUGUUGAUGGCUGGUAAGUCAAGUGUGAUUGGGAGGAAGAAAAGGCGCGCAACCUCGGUUGAAUUGAGUCUUAGUAAGCCAAACAAUAAGCCUUGACUAUUUGUGGAGACUGGACUGGACAGAACGCAGGGUCAAGUGAGGGUUGUAGCAAUACUCCCUAUUCUUCGGGCUGCGUUGACGGCGACUGAACGCAGGGUCAAGUGAGGGUUGUAGCAAUACUCCCUAUUCUUCGGGCUGCGUUGACGGCGACUGAACGCAGGGUCAAGUGAGGGUUGUAGCAAUACUCCCUAUUCUUCGGGCUGCGUUGACGGCGACUGAACGCAGGGUCAAGUGAGGGUUGUAGCAAUACUCCCUAUUCUUCGGGCUGCGUUGACGGCGACUGAACGCAGGGUCAAGUGAGGGUUGUAGCAAUACUCCCUAUUCUUCGGGCUGCGUUGACGGCGACUGAACGCAGGGUCAAGUGAGGGUUGUAGCAAUACUCCCUAUUCUUCGGGCUGCGUUGACGGCAACUGAACGCAGGGUCAAGUGAGGGUUGUAGCAAUACUCCCUAUUCUUCGGGCUGCGUUGACGGCGACUGAACGCAGGGUCAAGUGAGGGUUGUAGCAAUACUCCCUAUUCUUCGGGCUGCGUUGACGGCGACUGAACGCAGGGUCGAGUGAGGGCUGUAGCAAUACUCCCUAUUCUUCGGGCUGCGUUGACGGCGACUGACGUACUCAUCGGGCUGCUGCUGUGCCAAAGCUGCCGCCACCCGAUUCGUCGUGCGCGUAUUCAUCAGGCCGCCGCUGUGCCAAGCUGCCGCCACUACUACUCGUCGCUCGCCUAUUCAUCGGGCCGCCGCUGUGCCAAAGCCGCCGCCACCCUAUUCGUCGCUCGCCUAUUCAUCGGGCCGCCGCUGUGCCAAGCUGCCGCCACUCUCUAUUCGUCGCUCGCCUAUUCAUCGGGCCGCCGCUGUGCCAAGCUGCCACCACUGCUACCCGUUUAUUAACAUUUCGACUGAACUUUGUGAUUUAGUGUUCUUCGUAAAAAGUUCUGAACGUGAUUUUAUUGUGUUUAGUGUAGUGUUUAGUGUUAUUUAAGGAAAUAAAUUUAUAACGUUUUAAGAAAAUAUUUUUGCUUCGCUCUCUCUCUCUCUUUAUGUCCUAACAAAUAAAUUUUUGUGACGACUCUGGCCCCCGCUGAACCUACCCCAGCUUCAAAGUGAAAACACGUCGUCACAAUGGCGCCCGAGCAGGGACUAUAAAAGAGAGAAAGAAUAAAUAAAUGAGUGAACAAUAAUUAGACAAAUACAGAUGAAAACCCAGUGAAAAAAAAAAACAGUUUAAAAAAAAAAAAAAAAAAAAAAAAAAAAAAGAAAAAAAAAAAAAAAAAAAAAAAAAAAAAAAAAAAAAAAAAAAAAAAAAAAUGUCAAACGAAAAGACAAUGUUGAAGGUCUCCUGGGCCUAUAUGCUAAAGCAAGAAGACUUGGUAACAUAUCUUACUGAAUUCAAUCUUGAUCCAGUUGGAAAAGUGGACGAUCUCCGAAAAAGAUGGGCUAAAUUUCUCCACAACGACCAUGAAGCCGAUGUAUACAGACGGCUUAUAGAGUUGCAGAACAAACAUGAAAGUACCAGUCCGACCAAAUCGCCGACAUUGCGAGCCGUCACAAAACAACCCCUUAUAACCGUAACACCGUGUGGAGCAGAAGCAAUAGUAUUAUCCCCAAUAAAAACAGAGUACGCCCUUCCCCACAUUUCCGCGGAAAGGUCACAUGGAGAGUCAAGCACAGGGGUAACAAACGAUCAAAAAGUACAGAAGAUGUCGCCAACAAACCCCGAAUAUGGAUUUCAAAAAGAUUCUCCGCCCAAGCCAUCCAAUAAUUCGUCGUUACUCGUAAUUCUCGACCAAAUCCGAAAAUGGAAUAUUACUUUUGAAAAUGGAAUGGACCCUAUUGGAUUCGUAGAACGUGUAGAAGAAAUGGCUGAAAUGUACAUCGUGGAAUUGAAUCAAAUAAUUAAAGUAAUGCCAGAGUUGUUACGAGGUAAAGCUUUAAUCUGGCUAAGGAACAACAACCGACACUGGACUACCUGGAACGAAUUUAAGAGUGAUUUUCUGAAAUUCUUUUUGCCACCGAGAUACUUUGAGAAAUUGGAGGAUGAAAUUAGGAGAAGGAUACAGCGUAAUAAGGAGCCGUUUAAGGAAUAUGUACUCUCUAUACAGCAUCUUAUGCAGCACACCAAUAUGACCGAAGAACAAAAAUUGGAACGAAUUUUUAGAAACGCGCAUUCGGAUUAUCAAUGGUACAUUCGCCGUAAAGACUUUACAACACUUUCGGAAUUGAUCUCCUUGGCAGACGAACUCGAAAGCAUACCAAAUAAUUCUCGGUCAGAACAGCCUCGAAAUCAACAAAACUAUAAUCGACGUGCGGACAACUCUAGAAAUAACCUGUAUUGCACCAAUCAAGGUGACCAAGUGCUAGACGAAAGCUCAUCCAAUCCAGAAACGCAGCAGGAUGAACCCCCGGCAAAGAAGAGUAACCAGAAUAUUACAUCAUUGCAAUGUGAAGAAUAUCGCCUUACUGCAACUGUCUUAAUAGAGGGGAAAGCUAUUAAAGCAACUGUCGACACUGGUGCCACUAGCUGUUUUAUAAAAAGAGAAUUUGCGGAAAAAAUCAAGAAAAGGUUUACUUAUUCACGGCAUGAGGCAAAUGUUAUCCUCGCAGACGGCACCACGGUGAACAUCACAAGAUCAACAGUGUUACCUGUUACAUUUGGAAACCAAAGCUCAGAUGUUACAUUUCUCAUCAUGCCGCAAUUCAAGGAAAACAUCAUAUUGGGAUUGGAAUUUCUAAAACAGUUCCACACGACCAUUCACUGCGCCGGUAUAAGUGUCAAAUUAAGUAAGCCAACCACAUCAACGGAGCAUUGUACCGUGGCUAUAGGAGAGGAAACCCCAUCAAAAGAGACAUUAAAUUGACAAUACCCAAACUAAUCAGUGUCCUAAUAUAAGCCCAUACUUCAAAGACCAUCGCAAUUCUCAAAAUUUCAACAUCACGAUGGAGCAAGAUAGCCCCAACACGAAAAAAUUCAAACGGGCGAAGGAGAAAUUUCGAGCUCAUCUGGAACAAGUCGAGGCUCAAAGGCGAAGGACAAUAUUUUUAGACGAAGGUCCUAGUACCAGCCGAAAGAGGAGAACAAAUCAAUACCGUAAGCCCAAUCCAAGAAAGGGUAGCAGUCAAUCCUCAUCGCCCCAGCACCAAAUAUUCUACCGAAUGUGCAGCACAACCCCGAAUGACGUUCCACAGCAAAAGUGUAACACGACCGAAAACAACAGCGACGAUAUCGAUGAAACUGACUCUUUGAACGAGGAAACCCAGCCUAGUAGUGACGUCCCGCGUACACCAACCUACGCCCCGUGUUUUGGUUCGCCAAAUAGCUUUAAGCCGGCUUCCGAUGUGCUCUCAACACCCACUUCAAGGUGCUCAGAAAUGCCUGCUACACCGGGUAAAGAAUGGUGUCGUGACUCAGAUGACGCAUCAACUCUUCCUCGGCCCACUAUGGAGGAGUCGGAUGAAUCUCAAUCAAAUUUCGAAAUGGAUGAAGAAUGUCGGCGUAUGUUUUACGGUUACUUAGAAACCUCAGUGACUCGGCGAGCACAGUCACCCUUAUCCUCGAAUAAUUCCUCGCUGGAUGAGUCGGAUAACGAAGAUCAACGUUCCUCGUCUCCGCCAAAAAGGUAUGGUCUGGGAUUUGUCCGUCAGAAAGAUAGCCAAUACAAAUAUCUCGGAUUUCGCUGUUAUGAGAGAACAGUUACUGUGCAGCUUUUGGUCCCCGACUCCGGGGAAAAUCCAAUAUAUGAAAUAACCAACCCACCGCCGGAUAAUCAUCGUACGCCCUCACCCACACCCGCGAUAGGGGAAGAGAUCAACACCGAAGAUAUCCAUUCAAUAUCCAACACCUCACACAAACAUGAGGAGGUUCCUACUUCAUCCUCACAUGCUUUCGCACAUUUAGAAGAAGACUCCAGAUCGACCGCAAGUAGUUUUGUGACAGUUUCCGAAGAUCCUAGUCUUGAGUGGUGGACCCAAUGGCAGACGCUGGUUGGUGUUCCUCCAUCAUCACCGCUAUAUAACAUAACCGAACAAGCAAAUCUGUUGCAUAGUGAUGACGUACAAAUUCCAUCGCAAUCCAAUGCUGCCGUCAUAUCGGACGAUCACAGGUCCCCCAACGUGAAGGAAGAUAAAUCAUUACCAGGAACGCCGGGACACGUUGUCGAACUGUCAUCACCAUCGAUAUCUUCCCGAUCGUCAUCCUCAUCCUCAUCAGCCUCGUCGUCUUUAUCGUCAUCCUCAUCCUCAUCAGCCUCGUCGUCUUCAUCAUCAUCCACAAGCCAAACGAUGACACCUCAUCAGCCAACAUUGUGUAGCAGUCAACCUUCCAUCGAUGAAGUGUUUAUACCCAGUAAGGAGAAUAAUAGCACACCAAGUACAAUCAAAUUGCCAGUCACGGAAAUCCCAACUGAGUCAACGCCAUCGUCCUCGACAGACAAUCCCGUGAACGAUAACACAUUUCUCGAACUGCCAAAUUAUCCCGAAAACCUACAAAUCCGUAUCGAGAAGUUUAAAAACAAUUGGAAAAAGGGACACAAACUGAAGCGAAUUGUUAAACAAGAUGGCAAGCAGUACCGCAUAAUAAUAUCAGCAGACGGGGUAGUGAAGGUAUCUCUCCGAACUUCUGCAAUUGGUCUCUAACAUACCUUCCUAUUCGACCGAGAUAUAGUCGAACCAAAGUGCCCAUGUCGGAGAAAUAAAAGGUUACAUAACACCCUAGGGCUUCCUGGCUAUUGAAACCCAAUAGCAAUAGAGAAAGCAAAUCAAGGAAUCAAAAAUCAGAGGGAGGAAGAGAUGCCAUGUAACGCCCAAAAGUCAUGCUUUCGUUUUUGGGGUACAUUAUUAUUUUAAAUACCAUUUUUACUUACGUCCCCUAGUAGAAAGAAGUAUACUUAAAAUACAACAUUGGAACCCCUGGUGGCAAAUGGCGGAACUACGCAAAACUGUCAGAUUGGGAUCAGCUGCUGUCAUGAGAAAACAACAAUCGUUGUCCAGCCAAAAAGGUAUAAAAGGAGACGCAUUUCACACAAUCGAGAUCAGUCUUCUGUUGAUGGCUGGUAAGUCAAGUGUGAUUGGGAGGAAGAAAAGGCGCGCAACCUCGGUUGAAUUGAGUCUUAGUAAGCCAAACAAUAAGCCUUGACUAUUUGUGGAGACUGGACUGGACAGAACGCAGGGUCAAGUGAGGGUUGUAGCAAUACUCCCUAUUCUUCGGGCUGCGUUGACGGCGACUGAACGCAGGGUCAAGUGAGGGUUGUAGCAAUACUCCCUAUUCUUCGGGCUGCGUUGACGGCGACUGAACGCAGGGUCAAGUGAGGGUUGUAGCAAUACUCCCUAUUCUUCGGGCUGCGUUGACGGCGACUGAACGCAGGGUCAAGUGAGGGUUGUAGCAAUACUCCCUAUUCUUCGGGCUGCGUUGACGGCGACUGAACGCAGGGUCAAGUGAGGGUUGUAGCAAUACUCCCUAUUCUUCGGGCUGCGUUGACGGCGACUGAACGCAGGGUCAAGUGAGGGUUGUAGCAAUACUCCCUAUUCUUCGGGCUGCGUUGACGGCAACUGAACGCAGGGUCAAGUGAGGGUUGUAGCAAUACUCCCUAUUCUUCGGGCUGCGUUGACGGCGACUGAACGCAGGGUCAAGUGAGGGUUGUAGCAAUACUCCCUAUUCUUCGGGCUGCGUUGACGGCGACUGAACGCAGGGUCGAGUGAGGGCUGUAGCAAUACUCCCUAUUCUUCGGGCUGCGUUGACGGCGACUGACGUACUCAUCGGGCUGCUGCUGUGCCAAAGCUGCCGCCACCCGAUUCGUCGUGCGCGUAUUCAUCAGGCCGCCGCUGUGCCAAGCUGCCGCCACUACUACUCGCCGCUGACGUAUUCAUCGGGCCGCCGCUGUGCCAAAGCCGCCGCCACCCUAUUCGCCGCUCGCCUAGUCAUCGGGCCGCCGCUGUGCCAAAGCCGCCGCCACCCUAUUCGUCGCUCGCCUAUUCAUCGGGCCGCCGCUGUGCCAAGCUGCCGCCACCCGAUUCGUCGUGCGCGUAUUCAUCAGGCCGCCGCUGUGCCAAGCUGCCGCCACUACUACUCGCCGCUGACGUAUUCAUCGGGCCGCCGCUGUGCCAAAGCCGCCGCCACCCUAUUCGCCGCUCGCCUAUUCAUCGGGCCGCCGCUGUGCCAAAGCCGCCGCCACCCUAUUCGUCGCUCGCCUAUUCAUCGGGCCGCCGCUGUGCCAAGCUGCCGCCACCCUAUUCGCCGCUCGCCUAGUCAUCGGGCCGCCGCUGUGCCAAAGCCGCCGCCACCCUAUUCGUCGCUCGCCUAUUCAUCGGGCCGCCGCUGUGCCAAGCUGCCGCCACCCGAUUCGUCGUGCGCGUAUUCAUCAGGCCGCCGCUGUGCCAAGCUGCCGCCACUACUACUCGCCGCUGACGUAUUCAUCGGGCCGCCGCUGUGCCAAAGCCGCCGCCACCCUAUUCGCCGCUCGCCUAUUCAUCGGGCCGCCGCUGUGCCAAAGCCGCCGCCACCCUAUUCGUCGCUCGCCUAUUCAUCGGGCCGCCGCUGUGCCAAGCUGCCGCCACUACUAGUCGUCGCUCGCCUAUUCAUCGGGCCGCCGCUGUGCCAAAGCCGCCGCCACCCUAUUCGUCGCUCGCCUAUUCAUCGGGCCGCCGCUGUGCCAAGCUGCCGCCACUCUCUAUUCGUCGCUCGCCUAUUCAUCGGGCCGCCGCUGUGCCAAGCUGCCACCACUGCUACCCGUUUAUUAACAUUUCGACUGAACUUUGUGAUUUAGUGUUCUUCGUAAAAAGUUCUGAACGUGAUUUUAUUGUGUUUAGUGUAGUGUUUAGUGUUAUUUAAGGAAAUAAAUUUAUAACGUUUUAAGAAAAUA